AUGCCGACCUUCUUCCCAGCUCCACUAUUACGUUCUCUACGGCAAUUUGCCGUCUCUGAUGAAGUUAAGGAUGCAGUGGAUGCUAUUCAUGCUACAAUACUGAAUCAAGGCGCUAUUUUAGGUACACAAAGGGUUAUUCAAUCCAAUAAAGACGAUGUGCAACAAGUCGCAGUUUGGGGACUACUUUGUUUGUCGACAGAUGACAUUAUUGGCCAAUCAUUCGACAGUAAUGUACCAGGUGGAAUACACCGUAUUGGUAAUUAUGUGGUCGUACGUAAAAACACCGUUGAAGACGAGAAGGAGCUCGAAAUUGUAGCACUUGAAGCAGUAGAUCAUUACAAGGACAAGGACAAGAUUGUGUUAGUGUAUGAGGUAAAUACACAGAGCUUACGGAUGUUUCAGUGCAAGGACGGAACAGCCACGAUGUUGACAGUGAAAGUGGUGCAGUGUCUUCAUGCUCGAGAUUUUCAUCGAGCAAUUGGUUUUGCACUAGUGCGUUGUGCUGUGGACCUGCAUGUGCUUGGAGAGAAGAGUGCGUUGUUGCAUCAGCUGGAAAAGUACAAAGCUGCGACGUGUGAUGCUGGAAAUUUCUAUGUUCGUGCAAGUGUCAUGCAAACCAAGAAAGGUCGGAGCUUUUGUGUACUAAAUGGUCAUGGACAAGACGUUGUGUCUUGUAAUGCCAAGCCUGUGCUUUUCGAGGCGAUUUUGCCUAAAUUUUGUAUCAGCGAAGAUGCAGGAGAGAUAAAGGGAAGCAAAAAGAAUGGCAAGAAGCAGAAAAAAGAACACAUGAAGACAGUACCUCGACGAGGAGUAAAGGAAGAAGAGAAGCUGGGACUUUUACCAUCUUUGGAUUACGGCGAUAUUGCUACGUUCGAUUUGAUGAUCAGUCUUGGGCCAGUGGAGGCUGAUGCUGUUGUUGGAGCGCCUGUGGUUACGAUUCCAACGUCUUCUGAUUCCAAGACCCCUAUCCGUCGCUAUAGCGCGUACUGUGAUACCGUAGUUGUGGUGCCUGUGGACUCGCCAGUCGUAGCUGCGCUAGCACUGCUUCGGAAACAGCUACAUCAUCAGCUGUCUGGGAUAUAUAACCAACUGAAGGAUGCACCGGAGGCAGUGAAAUCAGUUGCGGUGCGUCAGUUCCCACUUGUUGGAGCGGCGUUCCCUUUGGCCGUUGUCUCAGACUCGGAGGGGCCUGAAUGCAGCAGCGAAGAAAGCCUGAACGACGUGAAAACAAUAGAGAGUUUGCACCGUGCAUUCCUGCAGCCUUUGAAUCGGCCUCUGUUCCGUGUGUCUCGUGGAUGCUCGCUAGCUCAGCAAGGAGAAUGGCUUGCAGCAAGUGACGUGCUGUACAACGUACACGAAGGCAUUCCAAGCUCUGGUAUGGGAUCGCACUGUCAAUCAGCUUUGGUGGAUGGCUUUUAUGGCUACUAUCAUUAUCUCCAGCAGGGCAUAAAUGACAAAGGCUGGGGCUGUGCUUAUCGCUCGCUGCAGACGUUGGCAUCUUGGUUGUUUUUGGAGCACUACACACAGCAGCGCACCCUCUUGCACGAGCAAAUUCAGAGCGCGCUUAUUAAGAUAGGCGACAAACCAGCAUGUUUCCAAGGAUCGAAAGAGUGGAUUGGCAGUUUGGAAGUCGGUUAUGUGCUAGACGAACUGUUUGGCGUGACUUUCCGGUCCCUUAGUGUCUCAAGCGGUGCCCAACUGCCUGAACUGGCGCGCGAGUUAUUGUACCACUUCGAAACGCAGGGAACUCCUGUCAUGAUGGGCGGUGGCCAGUUGGCAUUCACGCUAUUGGGUGUAAACUAUGACCCCGAUGCAGGAGUCUGUGCCUUCCUCACACUAGACCCGCACUACACGGGCGACGAGGACCUGGAUACAAUUCAGAACCAGACUGUCGUGCUAGAAGGCUACAAGGCCGUGCCGUGUAGUUGGCGCAAGACUACAACGUUCGCAAAGAACAGUUUUUAUAAUCUUUGUUUGCCUCAACGCCCAAAUGUCGGCUUUUAA